AGCCGCGACCCACUAGCAGACCGAGGGUGACCCGGAUGAUGGCGGCCGGCGCGGCCCUAGCCUUAGCCCUGUGGCUACUACUGCCGCCAGCGGGGGUGAGAGGGGCAGGGCCCCCGCCGAUCCAGGACGGCGAGUUCACGUUCCUGCUGCCCGCAGGGAGGAAGCAGUGUUUCUACCAGUCCGCGCCGGCCAAUGCAAGCCUCGAGACCGAGUACCAGGUGAUCGGAGGAGCUGGGCUGGACGUGGACUUCACGCUGGAGAGCCCUCAGGGCGUGCUGCUGGUCAGCGAGUCCCGCAAGGCAGACGGCGUGCACACGGUGGAGCCCACGGAGGCCGGGGACUACAGGCUGUGCUUUGACAACUCCUUCAGCACCAUCUCGGAGAAGCUGGUGUUCUUUGAGCUCAUCUUUGACAGCCUGCAGGAGGAUGAGGAGGUCGAGGGCUGGGCGGAGGCUGUGGAGCCCGAAGAGAUGCUGGAUGUCAAGAUGGAGGACAUCAAGGAGUCCAUUGAGACCAUGAGGACCCGGCUGGAGCGCAGCAUCCAGAUGCUCACGCUGCUGCGGGCCUUUGAGGCACGUGACCGCAACCUGCAGGAGGGCAACCUGGAGCGGGUCAACUUCUGGUCGGCCGUGAACGUGGCCGUGCUGCUGCUGGUGGCCGUGCUGCAGGUCUGCACGCUCAAGCGCUUCUUCCAGGACAAGCGCCCCGUGCCUACGUAGCCCUGCCCGGAAGAAGACCAGGAGAUGGGAGGGGCAGCAGGGCGCAUGCGUGUGGGACUUGGGGGUCCCUUCCCCAAGUUAGUUCCUUACAGGCCAGGAGGCUGUGUGGUCUGGGCCUGAGGGGUGGCCCCCGUGCGUCUCCUCCCUUCUGGGCCAGCAGGGAACACGGGCUGGCUGGCAGGCCUGGCCCUCCAGGGCGGGUGGCUCAGUGCCUGCGUCUACUUGCCUGGAAAUUGUGCAUGGGGGGUCUGCAGUGUUCGAAUGCAACCCCUGGAUUUUGGGGCCCUGCCUCCAUCCCCUCUUGUCAUGUGCCUUAGCCCAAGUCCUCCAGCUGGCACCAGCCC